CCCUAAGUAAAACAGUAACGCGAAUGGCUUCCGUCUAUUUGUUGCUCCAUGAUAUCCUGUCCCUACCCUGGACAGGUUUGCGCCGGUACUCGUGGUUCUAUCAUGUCAAUAUCACGUGAUCAUUUGCAUGAACACUGAAACAAAAUGGCGGAACAAGGUUGAGUUGUGCAAGGCUCUUGAAUUCAAGCAUUUAGAAAUAGUUGAAACGGUUACAAUUAUUGCGUAGGUCACCACAGGAAAGGCACAAUGUCUGGAAAGUCGACUUUGCUUAAGGUUGUUCUUCUAGGUGACGGUGGCGUUGGGAAAUCAUCUUUGAUGAACCGUUUCGUCUGCGGAAAGUUUGACACCCAGUCGUUCCACACAAUUGGCGUCGAAUUCCUUAACAAAGACGUGAAACUCGACGGAGAAUCCUACACCCUUCAGAUAUGGGAUACAGCCGGCCAGGAGAGAUUUAAGAGUCUUCGUACUCCGUUUUACCGUGGGUCGGACUUGUGUCUCCUGGUGUACGCGGUAGACGACGCAAAGAGUUUCACAAAUUUGUCUAUGUGGAAAAAAGAAUUUUUGUAUUACGCUGACGUCCGAGAUCAAGAUAACUUCCCUUUUAUAUUGCUUGGGAACAAAGUGGAUGUUGAAGGAAGAGCCGUUAGCCAAGAGGAAGCCGAUUCAUGGUGCAGACAAAAUGGCGGUGUGCCCUACUUUGAGACCAGUGCAAAAGAUUCCACAAAUGUGAACGACGCUUUUAUUGCAGCGGUGAAGAGACUGAACUCACUUGAACAGAACAAAGCUAACCGUUCGGGAUUCACCGCAACUGGUGGAGUCAAUCUGGCUAAUGUGAAAAAAGACAAAGGAUCGGGUUGUUGUGAAUAAUAUACUCGGCCAAAUUGAUUUUAAUGCAAUGCGUAUAAUGUAAUUAUAUUUACUGAGGCAAUUUUGCUUAAAUGCACAAGAGAUAAUCUUUACCAGGAACAAAUAAUAUUAAGAAAGAAAAAUUGUUGGAAUAGUGUGUCAGUGCAAUAAGUAUAAAGUUAUGCUUGUAUAGGGUGCUAAGAUCAGGAGUUAUUCAAGAAAAUUCAGCAGCCUACACUUGCAUGUGUUAAUCAAAACAUUUCAGUGAGGUCAUUAUUAGUGCGGCUAGUGCGCCAGUGCUGAAAAACGCAAGACUAGUUCCAGUACCACACGGUUAAACCAGCCUUGUUGUUUUGAAAUGACGGCGUUCUACCUGCGAACUGUCACAUUUUGGCGAAUGCUAAGAAAACUAGACCAAACUUAAGGCUAUAAUUUUCUUUAUGACUCCCUCAUUAUCAAACAAAUCUGUCAUCUUUCGUACAGUAUUAUUUUAAUGCUGUACAGUUAGUCAAAACAGCGACUAAAGUCAGCCUUAUCAACCUUUACUUGAUCGAAUCAACACUACCAUUGUUUUUGUGUUUUUGCCAGAACAUGUGCAUUCGCAUACGUAAUUCAGCACUGUCAGCUAGUGCAGACCCAAAGACGGGGGGCUCAAAUGGGAAGGUCCGACCAAAUGAAGACAAAUUGCGUACUGCUGCUAGGGCAAGGUACUAGAGAAAAUGGUCUGCUAGAUGUCUACAUGAAUUCCCCCUAUGCACUACCCUGUCUAUAGGCCUGUAAUAAUAUUAAGUAUGGAUAUAGAAAUUGACCCAGGUAGGCUUAUCAAACAAUCUCUGCUACAUUCAUGAAGAAAAACAUUAUUACUCUAAACAUGUUUCAAGUAAUGAAGGCUGUUUACAUGUUUUGUAGAAAUGAAAAGUCAAUGUAAUAGACAAACUAAGAAUAUAUUCAUCGAACUCUAUAUGCCUUAGAAGGUUAUUUGGUUAAUAAAUUACAGUACCCCC